CAGCUUUCACAUUAGUGGGGGAGAAAAAGAAGAGGUCAGUGGAUGCAACAUGGCAGCGCUCUACAGGAGCGUUUAACAGGCAAUGACUUAGGUCAAAGUUAAAACAUCAGUCUUAAAACGUAUUGAGAAGUAGAGCCAUGUUUCCAGAAACGGCCCCGUGUGUAAAAGCUGCAGCUUCGCUGUUUUCUCAAACCGUUUUCUUGAGGGAGUUGAGGCGGUUGUCCGCACAUGGAGCAGUCAGUCGCCUGCAGGCCCGGAGACACUUCGGUGUCAGCCGAUGUCUGACAGCCAAGGCUCCCCCUGCGCGAAAACCCAGGGAGAGAGUGGAGAUCCCCGGACUGGAGAGGAUCACCUACGCGGAAAGGAUGCACUAUGUGCCGGGGCUGGCUAAGCCCGUCUUCCCCGACUGGGAGAGGGAUUACAAGGACCCGAGAUAUUACUGGUCUCCCCCGGUUCACGAGAUGCCGCUGUACAAAGAGAAACCGUGUUAUGUGUUCAACCAGAGGACCAGCGUACUGGAAGGUGUGCGUCAGGCUCUGUGGUUGACCAAAACAAAGCUGAUCUCUGGUCUGCCCCCUCACCUCAUCUCAGUGGCGGAGAAUCCUGCCAAUCAGAUACCAGAUCAGGAUGAGCGCGUGCAGAAUGCCAUCAAACAUGCCCGCUUCUGGGACACAACAGAGGAGCGACCAAGAAAAGAGAAAUACAGCAACACUCUGCUCAUCAACCUGAUCCAUCUGUGUGCCACUCUACAGUCCAGUCACCCUGCGAUUGGAAGGAGGAUCCUUGCUGAGAAGUACUCAUUGGCAGCGACAUGGAAAAGAGGUGAGGACCUGUUCCAGAUUAGGGGUCAGAACAGUUUACUGCACAACUGCAUGGAUCCUCUCCCAGCAGUUUCUGGGAGUCAGGAAGUUGCAGACACAGCAGAUCAUGUCCUGGAAACCUUCUAUCCUGUCUCCCCCACCAUCGACCUACAGAAAGUACACGUGUACAAGGAGGAGGUGAACAGCACAGGUUUCAGGGCUGACUACCCAUACCCUCAUGCCCACACGCUUUACUUCCUUGAGGGAGCUGAUGCUCGCUGUAAGCUCCAUCCAGAACCGUUCAGAGCCAACAUGCUCAUGUUCACCUUUGGAAAUGCUCUGGCCCGUGCACACAAACUGUAUGGGACCCAGCCCCAGCGUGUCUUAGAUUCUCCUGUAACAGUGCAGGCAGUGGGGACCAACGGUAGAAUUUUCCAGUUUCUGGUUUUCCAGCUCAACACCACAGAUCUCUCAGGAGAUGACGGCAUCAAGAACCAGGUGUGGCUGGAUGAAGAUGUUGAGCUCUAUGAUUUUGCUAAGGUCCGACCACUGAUAAAGAAGAAACAAGUGAAGGUUCCAGCUGGUCUGGCAGGAUACAAGCCUGAAACAUUCAAGAAGUUCCUGGCCCUGUACCUGCACGGAGCUGUAUAGGAGUGUGUGUGUGUGUGUGUGUGUGUGUGUGUGUGUGUGUGUGUGGUGUGUGUGUGUGUGUGUGUGGAUGAAAAGCAAAGUAUGCCUGUAUCUGGGAUCUAAACCAAUAUCUUCAACAGCCUCUAAUUUUCACACACUGGCUCCAACCCAGUGUUAGAAUCCAGUCAAUAAAAACUGUCAUCCUGAGUGUA